AAAGAAGGUGGGAUUGGUUGAAGCUUGCAGCACUACAAGUUUGAAGUAGUUGCCCUUGGCUUGUUAAAAAACUUCUGGCUACAAACUAGAAUGUACGCUAGAAAAACGUUUUUUAUUUUAGGUUUGACUUGACAAACUUCAUUAGGAUAACAGUCGUUUCAUUCUGGGCAAUGCAGGAAAAUGGCUAAAGAAAGGAAAACAAUAGGGCAGGCACAAAAUACCUACAGGGAUAUUUCUAGAAGACUAUGACUUCACUGGCGUGAAAUUAAAAAAAAAGUAAGCUUCUCAAUCGAGUGUGUGUGUGUGAAGGGGAGGGCCGAUUCUGCAGCAGCAUACUGUAACUGCAGGUGCAGUGAAGGAGACUCUCAGUUCUCUCACGUCUGGACUAAAAACUAAAGUUAACAGUGAAAACUUCAGUGUAUCCCCUGCAGGGUGUGUUGUGCUGGUCUCAUGGUUCUCAUCAGCAACGUGACCGCCCUGCUGGUCCUGGCCUGUAUUUCCCAUCAGCUGAUGUCCUGCAGCUGCCAGAAGAGCCACGCGCGGCGGGGGAGAGGUAUGGACCGAGGACAGCCCAAGGUCAAGCUGGGGAGAGGUAUGGACAGAGGACAGGCCAAGGUCAAGCUGGUCAGGGCGAGGUCGGGGCCGAAGGCGGGGCGCCAAUCCACGGCUGUCUCCGCGCAGCCCUUCAGGGGCAAGAUGGUCACCAGAGACAAGUCCGAGUGCGCGUGGGCCGCGACCGGCGAGGACACCGUCGUCCUGAGCGUCUCGUGCACGAAGGGGGACAGGAGCUUCGGCUGCGAGUACGUCGCCAGGCCGGCCGCCUGCCCUCGGUACGCCGCCAACGUGGAGCUCUUCUGGAAGCAGAUCGCCAGGGCGCUAGGGAAGCAGAGGAGCGCGUGCCGGGGCGCGGGCGCGCGGGUCACGGCGGGCGUGUGCCGCCGCGCGCCCGCCGACGCGCACUUCCGACUGCGCAAGGCACCGGAGAGGCCCGUCCCGCCCCCCGUCCCUAGUCCAGCACCCAAGGGCGCCAAGUCGUGUAUGCCUGGGAACCGGAAGCUCGCCGAGGAGCAUUGCAACGCGUCCUGGUCCAGCUUCUGCACCUUCUUUUUCACCAUGGUGCAGGAUUACGACUGCUGAGGCCGAUCAGCUUUAUCAAUACUUAUUAUAGGUCACUUGAAGAAGAAUUCCUCGCCAUUCCUAACAACUACUCUAACGCUAUUAUUGCUUUUUCCUUCCAUUCCUUAAUGCUGUGGAUUUAGGAGACGUUUACUGCGGAGAUAACUUGCUGUUUAAUAAAAUACUGGACUCGCACAUAAGCUUAACACAA